CAAAGAUCGCGAUCUUGAAGAGGCGUGAUGGAGGCCAAGGCAGCGGCGACCAGCGGCAAGGACAUCUUCGCCGUGCUCUCGGCCAUGGAUCACAGCGACGAGCCGUCCGAUAGCAGCAGCAAGGAAGGCGACGACUCGUACACGCUCGUCGUCGGCCCAAAGAACAGCGGCAAGUCGUCGCUCAUCAUGUACUUCCGCAACCCGACCAAAGUCGACGAGCCCAAGCCCACGGCGGCGCUCGACUACUACUACGCGCGGCGCGCUGUGCCUGGCUCCAACCGCAAGACCGUCGCGCAUAUCUGGGAGCUUGCGGCGACCAAGCGCGUCAAGGAUCUAGUGUGUGUACCGCUGUCGCCAGACCGCGUCGCCAACGCCGUUCUCAUGGUCGUCGUCGACCUCUCGACACCAGGCGACGCCGUGCCGUGGCUCGUCAAGUGGCUCACGCUGCUCAAGGCGGUCACUACCGACGUGCUAGCCGCUGCGUCCAAAGCGCCGGCCAACGCCAGUGCAGUCGAGAAGCUCAAGGGCGAAGCCAUCGCUCGGUACGGCCCGGCCCACCCGGACAAGAAGGACGUGGUCCCGCUGCCGAUCCCAACGCUCAUCGUUUGCUCCAAGUUUGAUACCUUUCGCGACGAAGACGGGGUCAAGCGCAAGGGGAUCGUGCAGGCGCUGCGGUACCUCGCCCAUACGUUUGGCGCGACGCUGCAAUUUACGAGCCUCAAGGAUAAGGCCCUCGGCGCUCAGUUUCGGACGUGUGUGAACGCCCAUGUAUUUCACACGGAAGGCAAGACAACCAAGGAGGUCGACCCGGCCAAAGCGGUGUUUGUUCCUGCAGGCACCGACUCGUUUGAAGACAUUGGGUUGCCAAAGGGCAGUCGGCCCCAGGACUUCGACGACGGCAGUCUCGAGAAGCGGCUCAAAAUGUGGCUCAAACUCACAGCCGAGCUCUACCCGCCAACACCCAACCUUCCAGAUCUGGGUACGGACGUUCUCGAAGACGAGAAGGACGACGCCGAAGAGAAGUUUCCAGCGCCCGCCAUUGACGCCAUGCGUCGGCAGAAGCGGUGCUACUACAUGUGA